AUGGGCAUGUUACAACUUGUUUCAUCUGGUCUGAUCGUGGCCGUCCUGUACUGCUUCCUGAACAGCGAGGUCCAGAGCGAGCUGAGGAGGUCGUGGAGGGGCGUGUCCCUCAAGCAGUGGGUGGGGCGGGACUACAGGCCGCACGCCGCGUCGGUCGGUCGGAACGGCACCGAGAGCUCCACCCAGUUUCCCAGAAGCUCCCGCGCCCAGUCCAUCCUGCAGACGGAGACCACCGUCCUCCGACCAGACGGAGACUCGAGGUCUGGACAGUGAAGCCACUGCAGAAGUGCCUGAAACCUGUAUUCUCCCUAGUGGCCAGCAGGGGGCGACUCCUCUUGAUGCAAAAAGAUGUUUCUGUAGAAAUUAAUGUCUCGAUCUCUGGUUUCAAGUCUUCAACACAACUGAGGUUCAUUUUAUAAAUUAUGGUCCAUUUAGAGUCAGAUAGACCAAAGAGCACGCAGUGGGGCGCAGGGUGAUUGACAGCUAGUACCGUCCAAUGGGUGCAGGUGGCAGGUGGAGGCGGGCUUGCAGCUCUCAAACCAACAGGUGGCGACGAGGGACGAGGACGUCUUUUUGUUUUUAAACUCUCAGAACUCGUAUUCAAAGAGACGCCGGACACACAGAGACUUUCACCUGCAUCUCAACCUGUGACUCACAGACGCUUCUGAGGAGAAAGACUUUUUCACCCUGGAUUUUUCUGAUUUCCCAGAUUUCACAGUCCUUCGAACUGUUCCUGAUGGAAUCCCGUGGAGCAGAAAAUGUACUCUCCCUCUAUAAUUUGAUAUUAUUUCUGAUAUUCCUACAUAUUCUCUGUCAUUUAAAAGUAUUCCUCAGUCCCGGCUGAAUGUAUCACCUGCUGGUAACUUGCUCUGAAGUCUUUGUGUUAAUGUCACUAAACAUGUUACACAACUACAUUUAAACUUUUUUAAUCUUCAAAACAAAUAGAAUUAAACCCCAAUUAUUAAAAGCAA